AUGGCUGGCGGGCAUCGCCCUUCGGGAGCGAGGACACGCCGCGGAGGUCCAGGAAGGAGGGGCAGCAAUGGAGGGUUAGAGCGUUGGAGGCGGAGAAGGUGUGCAGGCAGCGCCAUCGCAUGGUUGGACUACCCGCAGGGCGUGGCUGACAGACCCAUGUGCAGCACCAUGCAGGCUGCCCACAACCUUUUUACGGGCAACCCAAUAUAUUUCCUUCUUAUGAACGAACCUUCCGUCCCACUGUUACAGCUGCUAGCUUCCCCUUCAAAGAGCUCCUCUCCCCAACCCCUCCUCUUCCCAAGUCACCCCUCCUUCUCCCCCAUCCCUCCCUCUCCCUCCACUCCCCCGCUCCCUCCACCACUCCUCAACCCCCACCCGUUUUCUACCCCCAUCCCACCGCUCCUCCACAUGCAUCACCGCUUUGCACCGCACAGACAUAUUGAGCGCCAUUCUGCCAGGCAUGACACUGGCAGAGCUCAGUCCACGAGCCCUGCCGCCAUCUGUGCUAACGCGGCGGGUGCGGCGGCGCGCGGACGCGGCGGGCCCGGCGGCGCGCGGACGCGUCGGGCCCGGCGGCGCGCGGACGCGGCGGGCCCGGCGGCGCGCGGACGCGGCGGGCCCGGCGGCGCGCGGACGCGGCGGGCCCGGCGGCGCGCGGACGCGGCGGGCCCGGCGGCGCGCGGACGCGGCGGGCCCGGCGGCGCGCGGACGCGGCGGGCCGGGCGGCGCGCGGACGCAGCGGGCCGGACGGCGCGCGGACGCGGCGGGCCGGGCGGCGCGCGGACGCGGCGGGCCAUGCGGCGCGCGGACGCGGCGGGCCGGGCGGCGCGCGGACGCGGCGGGCCGUGCGGCGCGCGGACGCGGCGGGCCGUGCGGCGCGCGGACGAGGCGGGCCGUGCGGCGCGCGAACGCAGGUCGCUGAAGCUGUGGAUGGUGCUGCGCACGUACGGGGUGGAGGGCAUCCGAGCUUACAUCAGGCGCCACGUGGCGCUUGCUGAGUGGUUCGAGGAGGCCGUGCGGCAAGAUGAGCGGUUCCAAAUAGUGGCGAUGGGCGAUGAGGAGGCGAGGAGGAGGGGCGUGCAGAAGAGUGUCGUGGAGAGAGGAGGCCCGCGCGAGUUCGUGGACGAUGGACCGUGCACCGCUGUCGUGCUGACACCGGGGAUGCCCUGCUCUCGGGUGGAGAAGCGGGAAACCACCUGUCCCACAAACCCCACGUUCGACCUGGCUGGCUCCUCUCAUGCUCACACGUCUCACGUCCGCUCCCUUCUCCCAUCAUCUCCCUCCCCUCCUGUGCGCUCUCCACUACUUCCAUGGGGUGCUGCAGGCAAGGCACUCCAGGUGUUGAGGCAGCACAGGGAGGUGUGGGUGGAUGGCAAUGUCGCCACCGCUUCCACUGUUGGUAGAACCGGUAUAGGCAGCAACAACAGCGGUGGUGGUCUCCCUGGUGGCAGCAGUGCCGGUGUCACGAGAGCGGGUUCAUGGGACGGCCAGGGCUGUGCUGUGCAGGUGGUGGAGGUGAUGGGGCUGGCUGGCACCGCUCAUCACACUCACCACAGACUUCGCAGCAGCAGACGCCGUGCAUGCUCUGCGCUCCAAGCUCAUGGCCAACGCGUGGCUGCGAGGUUGUCAAUUACCGCCACCUGCCUGUAUAAGCCGUGGGUGGGCUUCAGCGAGGGGCCAACUGGUGCCUCAGGUGGUGCGGGUCCUCUGUGCCAUUCUCAACCUCCCCUCCCUCGCCUCUCCUUCUCCCCCCUCCUCCAUCUCCUUUCCACCUCCCUGCUUCGCUCUUCCCCUUCUCCUUCUCUUUCUUGCGCCUCGGCCCUUCGCGCCGCUGCUGCUGUCCCAGCCAUACCACCAGACAAAAUUUCCACCAUUCAUGAUGAAGCAGCUAGAGAGGCCGUAACAGCAGCGACAACAGUCGCAGCAGCAGUGGCGGGAGUAGCAGCGGCAGCGGUGGCAGUCAGUUGGGUGGAUGGGGCUGGUGAGGAUGAGGAGGCGACGAGAGGGGCUGGCGGAGGUUCACUGGAUGAUGAGAUUGAUGUGCUGGAGGCACCCCUCAAAAGGCAAGCAUGGCAGCAGUGCUACCACGUGCCCCACAUAUCCUCUUCCCUUUUGCAGCUGCUUGGGGACUACCCACUCUUCUGGCAUCGCAAUCUAUUGUCCUUUGCCUCACCUGCUUCCCCCCUCCCCUCCUCCCUGCUUCCCCCCUCCCGCCGCCCUGCUUCCCCCCUCCCUCCGCCCUGCUUCCCCCCUCCCUCCGCCCUGCUUCGCCCCUACCUCCGCCCUGCCUUCCCCCUCUCUCCGCCCUGCUUCCCCCCUCCAUCCCCCCUGCUUCCCCCCUCCCUAGGCCCUGCUGCCCCCCUCCCUCCGCCCUCCUUCCCCCUCCCUCCGCCCUCCUUCCCCCCUCCUUCUGUCAUGCUCCCCUCAUCCCUCCGCCUUGCUUCCCCCCUCCCUCCGCCCUUCUUCCCCCCUCCCUCCACCCUGCUUCACCCCUCCCUCCGCCCUGCUUCCCCCUCCCUAUACCCUGCUUCCCCCCUCCCUAUGCCCUGCUUCACCCCUCCCUCCGCCCUGCUUCCCCUCUCCCUCCGCCCUGCUUCCCCCCUCCCUGCGCCUUGCUUCCCCCCUCCCUGCUUCCCCCCUCCCUCCCCCUGCUUCCCUCCGCCCUCCGCCCUGCUUCCCCCCCCCCUGCGCCCUGCUUCCCCCCUCCCUCCGCCCUGCUUCCCCCCUCCCUCCGCCCAGUUUCCCCCCACCCUCAUAGAGGUGAGCGUCACGCACCAGGUGCCUUCUCGUCACGCGCGCUUUCUGCUCGUCGCGCGAUCUCCUCCCCUCGUCACGCGCGCUUCCCCUCCGCCACUCCAAUUGGGAAGCGUUUGUCCUUAUCGCCAACCCCUACCCACGUCGCCAUCGACACCAUCGUGUGUAGCAACUCCCCCAUACGCCCUCGCUCCUUCCAGCCGCAGCAACUCCUUCCAUACUGAUGUGAGGGGCAGAGCGGGAGAGACAGAGGGGGAUGGACAGGGGGGAUGCUCUGUUCACCCCCCAAUCUAUUCUCCUUUGCCUCACCUGCUUUCCCCCUCCCCUCCCCCCUGCUUCCCCCCUCCCUCCGCCCUGCUUCGUCCCUCCUUCGGCCAUGCUUCCCUGAUCCCUCUGCCCCAUCCCCUUCCCUUCUUCCCCUCAUCCCCUUCCCUGCUUCCCCCCAUCCCCUUCCCUGCUUCCCCCCAUCCCCUUCCCUGCUUCCCCUCAUCCCCUUCCCUGCUUCCCCCCAUCCCCUUCCCUGCUUCCCCCCAUCCCCUUCCCUGCUUCCCCCCAUCCCCUUCCCUGCUUCCCCCCAUCCCCUUCCCUGCUUCCCCCCAUCCCCUUCCCUGCUUCCCCCAUCCCCUUCCCUGCUUCCCCCCAUCCCCUUCCCUGCUUCCCCCCAUCCCCUUCCCUGCUUCCCCCCAUCCCCUUCCCUGCUUCCCCCCAUCCCCUUCCCUGCUUCCCCCCAUCCCCUUCCCUGCUUCCCCCCAUCCCCUUCCCUGCUUCCCCCCAUCCCCUCUCCAUGCGUCCUUCCACUCCCUGCCCAGGUGCCUCCUUCCCCCCACCCUCUGCCCUGUUCCCUACCUGCCCUCUCAAUCCCUGCGUUUCCCUCCCUGCCCUGCCCUUCCCUUCCGCAUCCCUUCUCAACCCUUUCCUUCCUUUUCAUGCCCUCCCCUUCCCCCUCACUCCUCACCUUCCGCCCUCUAG